AUGGCGCCCAUGCUCCAUGCUCCACGCUACCAACACCCACAACAAACGAUCACAAACUAUGCUACGAACGUGGGAAUCCUCGAGAAUUUGCAAUUAGAGGAUGUAGUCGAUAGUGAGGCAUAUUCACGCACCAAUAAUGAUGCAAUCGCGAGCGUGAGCAAUGAGAUAUCUUCGACCGCUAUUACGUCCGCCCGCGCACUUACUACAACCAGCAUUCAGGGUAUGACCAAGUCCACAUACUCGCAUUCGAACAAUAAUAACAACAACAGCAAUCACACUAGAAAUACCGCGACCAGAGCAGAGCAAGAAGAGUGCACCGAACCGGCACAUUCACCAAUGGAGGCGGAUCAGAAUGUAGAGAUGCCCAGCACCACGUACAAAUCACCCUGCUGCCUAACGUUUCCUUUGCCACCGGUGCAAAUGCAGUCGUUGGCACCGACGCUAUCCAUUACAACACCGCUGCCCACAGCGGCGGCGGCGGUGGCAACCAAUGAUUUGAGCAGAGAGCAUUGGUAUGCACACGCCCAUGUGCACGCCCAUUCGCAUCCGCAUCAUCACCACCAUCAUCAUCAUCAUCAUCACCAUCAGCCAUUGAGCGAAGAUUUGGUUAUGUAUACACCGCCAGUCGUCUCGGCCACCACAUCCGUUUCGGCGACUGCAUCCGCGUCGGCAAGUCCGACAGCGAUUGGAAAAUUUGGACUCGAUAGCUCCACCGAUGGAUACCUUAGUGCCCGCGUACAUGCAACAACAACAUCGCCAUCAGCAAGCGCCAAAGGAGCACGUCAUGAAAGAACAUCCUCAACAGCUUUCUUCGAUAUUCCCGCUGUGACACAUCCUUAUUGUUACAGAUUCCCACCAACAACACCACCCGCAGGGAUUCUUAAAAAGAACCAAGACCAAGAACCAGCACUGGCAUUCUGUAGCAAUCCAACAACUCCUGCCACUACGAAUAUGAUACCUAUGACUCACCACUACCACAGCACCAAAGAGGAGCAUCCCGAUUCGACUACAACACAUCUCAGUGGUCAUUCUCAUCAGCAGUUAUCACAUCACCCCUCACAUAUGCAUAUACAGCCGCAUCCACAUGCGCACCCCGCUACACAACAUUCGCUGCCAACGCACGCACAUAGCCACACAACCAGUCACCCACAUGUACACUCUAGCAUGUUGCAUCAACCACACACCGGUGGCCACUUAUCGGCGCACCCGUCGGCUUUCAAAUUCGGACAUGGAUCCAUACUCUCCAGCAGCGCCGCGGCAAGCAUGUAUCAUCAACACCCUUACAGUACAACAAACGGUAACUCGUAUGGACUACGUGGUAACGGUUCACUAUCACCCACGGCAUCACUAACGUUGGCAUCUACGAGCUCGACGGAUGUCGAACUCAAAUACGAGAGCCCCUAUAAUUCGACUAUAUCCACAACCUAUGCGCUGCGCCCAGUCACUGUGGACUCGACCACUGUUUCAUCAACCGAUGGAGAUCUUAAAUACGAUGGUCUGUACAACAAUGCCAUUUCCACCAGUCAAACAGUGUCGCAACGACGCGGUUCACUGCAGUUAUGGCAAUUUCUGGUGGCUUUGCUAGAUGAGCCCACCACGAGCUCCAGCUGUAUUGCUUGGACGGGACGCGGCAUGGAGUUUAAGCUCAUCGAACCGGAGGAGGUGGCACGUCGUUGGGGCUUGCAGAAGAAUCGGCCCGCCAUGAAUUACGACAAACUCUCGCGCAGUCUGCGUUACUACUAUGAGAAGGGAAUUAUGCAGAAGGUGAACGGUGAACGUUAUGUCUACCGUUUUGUAUGCGAUCCAGAAGCACUUUUCAAUAUGGCCUAUGGACAUUUGGCGAGUGCGUCUAACAACACAGCGACCACAACGAAAAGUGAACACCACACACAUAUCUUGUCCACAGCGGCAGCAGCGGCGGCCGCAGCAGCAGCAGUAACAUUAACUGCAUCCAAAAAUAUACCAGAACCACUUACCCCUAACGGUAAUUUAUUGAGCAGAAAUGACUUGGGGAUCAAUGUGGAUCACACAAUGGAACACAGCCAAGGCGAAAGAGAAAGAAGCCUUAUGACUCAACUGAGCGGCGCUGGUGCGCGAGCAAAUAGUGAUAGUAUUUUCUAUAGCAGUCCAAUUCAUAAAUACUAAAAAUCAUAAAAAUUAAAACAACAAUAAUAACAACAGGAUAUGUACUCUAUAUGUGUGUAUGAUGUAAAGUAUAGUA